AUGGCUGACAGAACUGCCCCCAAUUGCCACCUUAGACUCGAGUGGGUUUACGGAUACCGUGGACAUCAGUGCCGCAACAACCUGUACUACACAGCGGCCAAGGAAAUUGUCUAUUUCGUCGCCGGUGUGGGAGUUGUGUAUAACACGCGAGAACACAAGCAGAAAUUUUACUUGGGACACAACGACGACAUAAUCAGUUUAGCUCUCCAUCCAGAGCGUGUGCUGGUGGCCACAGGACAGGUGGGCAAGGAGCCUUACAUCUGUGUGUGGGAUUCUUACACCGUCCAAACCGUGUCCAUCCUCAAGGACACGCACACACACGGCAUCGCCUGCCUGGCUUUCGACCUGGAAGGACAGUGUUUAGUGUCGGUGGGCCUGGACUCCAAGAACACGAUCUGCGUGUGGGACUGGAGAAAAGGGAAGGUUCUGGCUGCCGCUCCCGGUCACACGGACAGGAUAUUCGACAUAUCUUGGGAUUUGUACCAGCCGAGCAAACUUGUAAGCUGCGGUGUCAAACAUAUCAAGUUUUGGAGCUUAUGCGGCAAUGCUCUGACCCCUAAACGAGGUGUUUUUGGCAAAACCGGCGAUCUCCAAACCAUCCUCUGCCUUGCCUGUGCGAAAGAUGAGGUCACAUAUUCGGGUGCCUUGAAUGGCGACAUCUACGUCUGGAAAGGGAUCAAUCUGAUGCGGACAGUGCAAGGAGCUCACGGGUCAGGGAUUUUCAGCAUGAAUGCCUGCGAGGAAGGCUUUGCCACUGGGGGCCGAGACGGCUGCGUCCGGCUGUGGGAUCUGAACUUCAAACCAAUUACUGUCAUCGAUCUCAGGGAAACAGACCAAGGAUAUAAAGGGCUGUCAGUGCGUAGUGUGUGCUGGCGGGGAGAUCACAUCCUAGUGGGCACCCAGGACAGUGAGAUCUUCGAGGUGGUGGUACACGACCGCAAUAAGCCCUUCCUCAUUAUGCAGGGUCACUGUGAGGGAGAGCUGUGGGCGUUAGCCGUGCACCCCACCAAGCCGCUGGCGAUGACUGGCAGUGAUGACCGCUCAGUCAGGAUCUGGAGCCUGAUAGAUCAUGCACUGAUAGCUCGUUGUAACAUGGAGGAGCCCAUACGCUGCGCUGCAGUGAGCACUGAUGGCAUUCACUUGGCGCUGGGUAUGAAGGAUGGCUCUUUCACUGUUCUCAGAGUCAGAGACAUGACUGAGGUGGUCCACAUCAAGGACAGGAAGGAGGCCAUCCAUGAGCUGAAGUACUCCCCAGAUGGGGCCCACCUGGCUGUGGGCUCCAAUGAUAACUCGGUGGAUAUUUACGGUGUGGUGCAGAGGUACAAGAAGGUGGGAGAGUGCAUCGGCUCCACCAGCUUCAUCACGCACAUGGAUUGGUCGACAGACAGCAAGUACCUGCAGACAAAUGACGGCAGUGGUAGAAGGCUUUUCUACAGGAUGCCUAGUGGUAAGGAAAUUUCUAACAGGGAGGAGUUGAAGCUCGUACAGUGGUCAUCAUGGACGUGUGUGUUGGGUCCUGAGGUGAACGGAAUAUGGCCCAAGUACUCUGAGAUUAAUGACAUAAACUCUGUGGAUGCCAACUUUAAUAAUCAAGUAUUAGUAACUGCAGACGACUAUGGAUUAGUAAAACUUUUACGAUACCCAUGUGUAAAAAAAGGUGCAAAAUUUAAAAAGUAUUUGGGCCAUUCAGCCCACAUAACCAAUGCCAGAUGGUCCCAUGACUACCAGUGGGUAAUAACCAUCGGUGGUGCUGACCAUUCUGUGUUCCAGUGGAAAUUCAUCCCAGAGAGAAAGUCUAAGGAGGCCCUGCACAUAGCGCCGCAAGAGACCUUAGCAGACUCUAACAGCGAGGAGUCCGACUCUGACCAGUCAGAUGUACCUGAGAUGGACUCAGAAAUCGAACAGGAGACACAGCUCACAUAUCGCCGACAGGUUUACAAAGAAGAUCUACCUCACCUUAAAGAGCAAUGCAAAGAGAAGCACCGAGCGGUGGCCAUGAAAAAGAGAGAGCGAGCACCGGGGAGCAGGAUUAAACUCCACUUUGUUCAUGGUUAUAGAGGCUACGACUGUAGGAGCAACCUGUUCUACACCCAGACAGGGGAGAUAGUCUACCACGUGGCUGCUGUGGGGGUGGUGUACAACAGACAACAAAACACUCAGCGCUUCUACAUGGGCCACGAUGAUGACAUCCUCUGUCUGGCAAUCCACCCUCUUAAGGACUUCGUAGCAACAGGCCAGGUGGGCCGAGAUUCCCCUGUCCACAUAUGGGACACAGAGAUGCUGAAACCCAUGUCAGUGCUGAAAGGAUUCCACCAGCUUGGCGUGUGCGCUCUGGACUUCUCAGCGGAUGGCAAACGGCUAGCCUCGGUGGGUCUUGAUGACAAUCACACCAUUGUCCUGUGGGACUGGAGGAAGGGUGAGAAGCUCUCAGCCAUACGGGGAAGUAAGGACAAGAUAUUCGUUGUCAAGAUAAAUCCCUACUUGCCUGACAAGCUCAUCACAGCCGGCGUGAAACAUAUGAAGUUCUGGCAUAAAGCUGGUGGUGGUUUAAUUGGGCGUAAGGGGAACAUGGGGAAGACAGAAACUAUGAUGUGUGCUGUGUAUGGCUGGACAGAGGAGAUGGUGUUCUCAGGCACAUGCACGGGAGACAUUUGUAUCUGGAGGGACAUGUUCCUGAUGAAGACGGUCAAGGCCCACGACGGCCCGGUCUUCAGCAUGCACGCACUAGAAAAGGGAUUUGUUACUGGAGGCAAGGAUGGUAUAGUUGCUCUGUGGGAUGACACCUUCGAGAGAUGUCUUAAGACCUACGCCAUCAAGAGAGCAGUUCUUGCUCCAGGCUCCAAAGGGUUGCUCUUGGAGGACAACCCCUCCAUACGUGCCAUAUCACUCGGCCACGGCCAUAUCCUAGUGGGAACCAAGAACGGUGAGAUCCUGGAGGUAGACAAAAGUGGCCCCAUCACUCUGUUGGUUCAGGGUCAUAUGGAGGGCGAGGUGUGGGGCUUGGCCACUCAUCCCCAUCUUCCUCUUUGUGCCACUGUCAGCGAUGACAAAACCCUACGCAUUUGGGACCUCUCCCCCAGCCACUGUAUGCUGGCUGUGCGCAAGCUGAGGAAAGGGGGCCGGUGUUGCUGCUUCUCCCCUGAUGGCAAGGCUCUAGCCGUGGGCCUGAAUGACGGCAGCUUCCUCAUUGUAAACGCAGACACCCUGGAGGACCUGGUGUCCUUCCACCACCGCAAGGACAUCAUCUCCGAUAUCAGGUUCUCUCCAGUUUCUGGGAAGUAUCUUGGAGUAGCGUCAGGGGACAGCUUUGUGGACAUUUACAACGUGAUGAGCAGUAAAAGAGUCGGCGUGUGUAAGGGAUCCCUCAACUACAUCACCCAUCUGGACUGGGACAAGAGAGGGAAACUACUUCAAGUCAACACUGGUGCUAAAGAGCAAUUAUUUUUUGAAGCUCCUCGUGGCAAGAGGCAGACCAUCCCGGCUACAGAGGUGGAGAAGAUAGACUGGCAUACAUGGACGUGUGUCCUGGGAACAUCUGUUGAGGGCAUCUGGCCUGUUAUCAGUGAGGUCACUGAGGUGACCUCUGCCUGCCUUAGCAAUGACAGAAAGGUGCUAGCAACAGGAGAUGACCUAGGAUAUGUGAAGCUAUUCAGAUACCCUGUCAAGGGAAAGUAUGCAAAGUUCAAACGCUAUGUGGCCCACAGCACAAAUGUUACUAAUGUGCGAUGGACUCAUGAUGACAGCCUCUUGGUAACGGUUGGCGGUGGUGACACAUGCCUCAUGAUCUGGGCCCAUGAGGCUGAGGGCCACCGGGAAUUUCGACAGUGUGAUAGUGAGGAGUCGGACAUCGAGAGUGAGGACGAUGGAGGUUAUGACAGUGAUGUGAUGAGGGAGAAUGAGAUCAACUACACCAUCAAGGCCUUAUCCACCAAUGUGCGACCCAUGACUGGGAUCAAACCCCAUUUGCAGCUAAAAGAGCCUUCAGCUGAUGAAAGACCUCCUGUCAGCAGGGCGUUGCCACAGCCAGAGAAGCUGCAGACCAACAAUGUUGGCAAGAAAAAGAGGCCCAUUGAGGACCUGGUGCUGGAUCUGGUGUUUGGUUACCGUGGCAAUGACUGCCGCAAUAACGUGCACUAUCUGAAUGAGGGGGCGGAUAUCAUCUACCACGCGGCCUCGGUUGGCAUUGUCCUCAACUUGACAACCUCCUGCCAAAGUUUCUAUGUAGAACAUAGCGAUGACAUUCUGUGCCUAACGAUCAAUCAACAUCCCAAAUUCCCGAACGUGGUGGCAACUGGCCAAGUAGGUGAUACUGGUGACAUGUCAGCCACGUCUCCUUCCAUCCAUGUGUGGGAUGCCAUGACUAAGCAGACCCUGUCUGUGCUGCGUUGUUUCCACUCCAGCGGGGUUUGCUCUGUCAGCUUCAGUGCCACAGGGAAACUCCUGCUGUCUGUGGGCCUGGACCCAGAACACACAGUCACCAUCUGGAAGUGGCAGGAAGGUGCCAAAGUGGCCAGCAGGAUGGGUCACACGCAGCGGAUAUUUGUGGCAGAAUUUCGGCCAGAUUCAGAUACCCACUUUGUGUCCGUCGGGAUCAAACAUGUGCGUUUCUGGACGUUGGCUGGUCGGGCUCUGCUCAGCAAGAAGGGUGUAAUGAGCUCCAUAGAGGACGCCCGUAUGCAGACCAUGCUCUCUGUGGCAUUUGGAGCUAAUAACUUGACAUUUACAGGUACCAUUAGUGGGGAUGUGUGUGUGUGGAGGGAACACAUUCUAGUAAGAAUCGUGGCAAAGGCCCAUACGGGCCCCGUGUUCACCAUGUACACCACACUGAGAGAUGGUCUCAUUGUCACCGGAGGCAAGGAAAGACCGUCAAAGGAGGGAGGAGCUCUGAAGCUGUGGGACCAGGAGCUGAAGCGGUGCAGGGCCUUUCGAUUAGAGACGGGACAGAUCAUAGACUGUGUUCGUUCUGUAUGCAGAGGAAAGGGUAAAAUCCUUGUGGGCACCCGAAACGCUGAGAUCAUUGAAGUAGGGGAAAAGAAUGCAGCAUGCAACAUCCUGGUAAAUGGACACAUGGAUGGACCCAUCUGGGGCGUAGGCACCCAUCCCUCAAGAGAUGUGUUCCUGUCUGCUGCAGAGGAUGGCACCAUACGCCUCUGGGACAUCCCAGAGAAGAAGAUGCUGAAUAAGGUGAACCUGGGCCAUCCUGCACACACUGUCAGCUACAGUCCUGAGGGAGACAUGGUGGCCAUUGGUAUGAAGAAUGGAGAGUUCAUCAUUCUUCUGGUGGCCUCGCUUAAAAUCUGGGGCAAAAAGAGAGACAGGCGUUCACCUAUCCAGGAUAUUAGGUUCAGUCCGGAUUCUCGUUACUUGGCUGUAGGUUCAACAGAAAGUGCCGUUGAUUUCUACGAUCUGACUCUUGGACCACAGCUCAACCGCAUUAACUGCUGCAGGGACAUCCCAAGCUUCGUCAUGCAGAUGGACUUCUCUGCUGACAGCAGCUAUGUCCAGAUAUCCACGGGUGCAUAUAAACGGCUAGUUUAUGAGGUGCCAUCUGGAAAGCAGGUCACGGAGCAGUCCCACAUUGACAGGAUUACGUGGGCAACAUGGACAAGUGUCCUCGGGGACGAGGUCCUUGGGAUCUGGUCCCGUAACACUGACAAAGCGGACGUCACCUGUGCCUGUGUGUCCCACUCAGGCCUCAACGUUGUCACAGGCGAUGACUUUGGAAUGGUAAAGCUGUUCGACUUUCCCUGCCCAGAAAAGUUUGCCAAACACAAGCGCUUUCUGGGUCAUUCGGCUCACUUGACAAAUAUACGUUUCACAAAUGGGGAUCACUUUGUCAUCAGUGCCGGCGGAGAUGACAGAAGCCUGUUUGUAUGGCGGUGCAUCCAUGCACCUCACUGAGGAACGGUAUCUGGGCAACUUGAUGAGUCCACGUGGCUGUAUCGGCUUUUCCCAGCAUGGCUAUCCAGGAAGAGGAACCCGCUGAAGGAUGCAUGUCAACAGGACAGUUCUGGCAGCUAGAGGAUGGUGGAAGAAGUAACUGGAUUUACUGCCUCAAAUCUAGGUGCAUGCAUAGAGUAUGUGCAAGCCUCAUUUUCAUCACAUCAGUAUCAGUCUUGAUUGACAACACAAGACAUGGAGGGCUUAAUAUCCUUCAGUAAAAAUCACAUCAAGAUUGGAAGAAGCUCUAUAAUAUUCACAUUUAACAUGAACAUUUUAAUGAUGGAUUAUUUCUUUAGUAUGGGCGUGUCUAUAUAAAUGUCCCAAAUGGCAGAUUUGCCAGUUGGUAUGAGUUUAUGUUACUGACGAUGCCAUUUUUAAAAACAUGUAGCAAGCUAAAUUAGCCUUAAUCCACUUUGAGUGUUGAACUAAUGACGGUUUGGAUUUGUUUGACUUUUUGUAUUGUCAUGUUACUUUCACUUUUUUGGCCAUGUACACAUUUGGUUAAUUUCUUUUGUUUACCAUAUUAUUAUUUUUUUUUACACAGUAUUUCUAAUCCUGUGGCCUUCCUCCUGAAUGUAACAUCCACAGUUAUGUUCUGGAUGUCAGCAUGCCAAAGCAUACUAUGCACUGUACACCUGACCUGGUCACUGUGUUACCCUGAUGGUUUAUCAAUGGUGUGUUUUUUGUGACUGUGUUGUUGACUGGUUGAACCUCAGACCACCCCCAACAGUGUGUGACCAUGUGUGUAGCAAUGUGUAAGCUUGUGCAGUAUCUCCCUCAUGACGUUACAUGUGCACAUUUGUUCGAUGACCUGUUUGUGAUAAAUGAGCGUGCAUGUCUUACUGAAUGACAAUCUGUUGAACCAAACACCCCCCCAAAAAAAACAACAAAAAAACAAAACAAAAACAAAGGAAAAGCUGUAAAUUGAUGUUCCAAUACACUUGUAUUUCUCCUUUGGUCACUUUUCAGUGUGCUGCUAUAGUGUAUUGUCAUUGUGUUAUCAUUUAUAUGAAGGGUGUGGCUAUGGCUAUUUUUUCAAGAGUUUAUUGUUAAUGUAAUCAGAUAUGUUGCUUAAAUGGAAUGUUUUAUCAGAGUGAAAAUAUGAAAGAGCAAAAAAGUUUGCUCCUUGUCUCAAGACUAGUUACUAAAAAAAAGUUGCUGCAUAUUUUGAUUUACACCAAUGUAAAUACCAUUUGUAGAUAUUCUUUUUGUAUAUUUUUGUGAAAUGUUUCUUAAAUUCAACUUUAUUAAAAAAAAAAA